AUGGACUUGCACAAUACCUGCACCUCAGACGAGCAGGAGUCUCCUUCCUUGGCCAGUAGUAAUUUUCAAAAUAUCAUAAAUACAGCUUCAUCAUCAACAGAUAUAUUAUCCAACUCAAGUACAUGUCCUACAUCUAAAAAGGAGUCAACAAUAGGCCAUGAUGAUGAGACUCAUCUGUCAUCGUCUUCCACAAAGUCUUGUACCAUUAUCGACUCAAAUCACACACAAAAACCUACAUCCUUUUCAUUUCUAGCGGCAAAGAACUUUGGCUCAGAACACAAUCAAGAUGUAUCUGUGGUGACACCUUUUCUAGUCAAACAUAUAAGUGAUCAAAAUUUUAUACCUAAGGAUAAUUUCCACAAAUACUGCUACCGCCACAAUCCAGACAUUGUUUGUAAUAAACGUACAGAUGAGGUUAAAAUGAGACAAAUACAAAACAAAUUGGAAAACUUGCCACACAGUGAUCAACAGGCUAUCAGCCAUGUUUGGUCGAUUUUCAGCGCAGCUCCUGUACAACAUAGACAGCUAAUACUACAAGGUUUAUUAACUCAGUGUUGCUUUCCACAAUUAUCCUUUAUCUCACAAGAAGUCUCCUCACUGAUCAAAAUCGACUUUAUUUCCAUAUUGCCGCAGGAAAUUUCAUUGAAAAUACUUUGUUACUUGGAUUGUAACAGUUUAUGUAACGCAGCACAAGUUUCACGAAAAUGGAAAAGCUUAGCUGAUGAUGACAGAGUGUGGCACCAUAUGUGUGAACAGCAUAUUGAUAGAAAAUGCCCAAAUUGCGGCUGGGGAUUACCUCUAAUGCAUAUGAAAAGAGCAAGAGAAAUGGCAGAAGAUGAUAUAAAGCCGAUUAAAAGAAACAACGACGAGGAACAACAACAGCUGCAGCAACAACAACAACAACAACAACAGCUGCAGCUGCAACAACGAGAAACAUCUGAAAGAACCAUCGCUUCCUCACACUGUCGAACAUCCCAACAGGUUCAAGAAGAUCCUCCUCGGAAGAAGCAAAGGUCAGAUAGUGGGUCAUCAAGUAAUCCCUCGCCUUUACUCAAAAAGCGCCCUUGGAAAGCGGUUUACUCGGAACGGUUCAAAUUGGAAAAAAAUUGGAGGAAGGGAAUAUGCACCAUCAAGUCAUUUGUAGGUCACACUGAUGGAGUGACGUGUCUACAACUUAAUAGGAAAUAUCUCAUGACUGGAUCAUAUGAUACAACUAUAAAGAUUUGGAAGAUUGAUACUGGAGAAUGUGUAAAGACUUUGAGUGGCCACACUAAAGGAGUUCGGUCAUUGGUUUUUGAUAACCAAAAAUUGAUCACUGGCGGACUAGACUCAACCAUUAAAGUGUGGAAUUAUCAUACUGGCCAAUGUAUAGCCACUUAUCGCGGUCAUGAUGAUGCUGUCGUCAGUGUUGAUUUUUCAAACAAAUCUAUUGUUUCAGGGUCAGCCGAUCACACAGUGAGAGUUUGGCAUGUCGACUCAAGAACAUGCUAUACUUUGCGUGGUCAUACAGAUUGGGUGAACUGUGUCAAGAUACACCCUGGUUCAAACACAAUUUUUAGUGCUAGCGAUGAUACAACAAUACGAAUGUGGGAUAUGAAUACAAAUCAGUGUCUUAAAAUCUUUGGAGGAUUGGAGAAUAAUGGACAUAUUGGUCAAGUACAAUGUGUUAUUCCUCUUACCUAUAAAGACUGUUUAUUAGAAGAUGUGGGUGAAAGCGAAGACAAGCAGUUGACAAGUCAAAGUACUGCAGCUCCACAAAUGCAAUCAUCAUCAUCAUCAUCAUCGCUGUUGUCUUCUCUGAGAUCAUCAGCAUCAUCAUCAUCAUCAUCAUCAGCUCUUCCUACCCAUAUUCUUACCUGUUCGUUAGAUAAUACAAUAAAGCUAUGGGAUUUAUCUACUGGAAAAUGUAUUCGUACUCAAUUUGGUCACAUUGAAGGAGUUUGGUCAAUUGCAGCAGAUACAUUUAGAAUAAUAAGUGGGGCACAUGAUAGAUUGGUAAAAGUUUGGGAUCUACAAAAUGGUAAAUGUUUACAUAGUUUUGGUAACAGUUCAAGUGUUUCAUGUGUAGGGUUAAGUGAUUCAAAAUUUGUUAGUGGAAUGGAAAACGGUGAAGUUAAGAUGUAUUGUUUUGAUUGA